AUGGAGCAGAACGUCUCGAUUACGGGGGCUUUGAAGGAGGCUGCAGGCGUUGACGAUAGAUCCGUCCACUUCGUCCCACUCCUCUUCGCUAUAUACCUCGGGACGGUUGCGCUUGGAACAGCCAUCGUGACAUGGCACACAGCCCGAGCCAGAAAGGCGCGGAAAGCCCGAGAAGCCAGGGCAACCGAGCCGGUGGCCGCAACCGUGCUGGGCAAUCCCAGUCCCACAGAUGCAGACACGCUACUGAGCCCGCGCCGAGCGAGGACGGUGACAGGGACCCGGGUCUGGGCAUGUCUGAGCCGCCAAAGGGCGGUUCAGAUCUGCUUUUCUUGCACAUACCUGAUUUGCAUGAUUGCUACGGUGGUUAGUCUUGCAACAAGGACCUUGUCCAAGAACACCGGCCUGCAUUGGGAGUGGUAUCUGGGACUUCUAAGCCUCGCAUGCCUGUGGCACUUGCUUCAGGCCCUGUGUCUGCCGAAAGAGCACGAAUACUCCCGGACGGCCUUCGCCGAGGCAACGCUGGCGGGUAUGGUCCCCUUCCUUUCUGACAACUUUGACACCCUGAAGGAUGUCAUGUUUGGAGGACUCUGCUGGCAGUCGGAGCGGCCUGGCGUCAAAGCCAUGGCCUGGCUCGCCUGGCUGUACAUCCCGGCGUUCCACGCGUAUCUUCUGCGGAAGAAGCGGGUGCUAAACGAGCUUGCGGGACACGUCCUAUCGGUGUGGACCAUGGCGACGGAGACUGAAGCUGCCCAGAACCAAGAGGCCGAGCGGCCCGACUCCAAGAAAGACGGCAGCUGCCGAAGGAUGUGGCACGACAAGCUGCUGCCCAUUCUGUACCGGCAGACAACUCCCACGAAGCAACAAAUGCUGCUGAUAGAGAACGCCCCACAGGCGAUCAUGGCUGUAGUGUACACAGCAGCAGAAGGCGGAAGCGUGAUCGUGUCAAUCCUCAACAUCACCGUGCCGAUUCUGCAAGUGGUCGGAGGUUGGGCACUCUUCCCACGUCUGCGGGAAGCGGUGGUGCCCUGGUUCGUCAAGAAGCUGAAUGCUGCCAUCAGGGAUGGAGAUGAUUUGACUUUUGGACGAAUCUGGAAGGAGGCGGACUUUCAACGGGCUCCCAAACUCCUGGCUGACGUCGCGAACGGCCUCUCCAUCUUCGAUGGCUUACGCCUGAACUUGGAGGACCUGAGAGGGGAGCAGGGACCACGGCACAUCCAGUUCCUCAGAGAGUUGAUGACGCUGGCGACCUCCGCAGACACAUAUCUUGCUCUGGAUGACCGGGGCCUGCGCGGCGAUGCGGUGGAGUUCAAGGCCGUGUGCAGCUUCCUGAAGAAGGCGGUCUUUGCAGAAGAGGUAAACCUUUCCAGGAACGACCUCGGAGCAGAGCAGGCUCAGGCCCUAGCUGAAAGCAUCGCUGCCAACGGCUCCAUCGUCGACUUGAAGCUGCAGGGAAAUUCCUUUGGAACCACCGGCAUGCAGGAUCUCGCCAAAGAAGCCCUGCGCAUCCGAAGCCUCCGGCACCUCAACGUCGCUGGGAGCAGCAUGGGCGUGGUCGGCUUCCAGGCCUUGGUAGAGGCUUUGGCUGAGACUCCUCUGGAGUCUCUGGAUGUGGGCUCCAACCAUCUCGGGCCGAACUGUGCUGAGGCGCUCGCUGGGGCUCUGUGCCUUCGAAGACUCCGGCACUUCAACGCUGCUGGCAAUGGGCUGGGUGCCGCCGGAUUCCAGGCCUUGGCAGAGGCUUUGGUUGAAACUUCAUUGCUGGAGACUUUGGACAUACACUCCAACGAUCUUGGGCCGCACUGCACUGAGACGCUGACGACGGUCCUGAGCAUCGCCACUCUGAAAGACUUCCGAGCCGACCAAAAUGCCUUGGCGGGUGCUAUUCCCAAGGCUGUCACUGCGGCCCAACGCAGAGAAGUCCUCCGUCACCUGAGCGUGGCCGGCAACGACCUGGGCACUGCUGGCUUCCAGGACUUUGUAGAGGCACUGGUCGAGACGGGGACCCCUGUCGAGACGAUCGAUGUUGGCUCCAAUGGCAUUGGGGUGAAUGGCUCGAAGGCCUUGAAGAAGCUUUUGGGCACGACGACCCUCAAGGACUUCCGUGCAGCCCACAACGCCUUGGAGUAUGCGGGGGCCAAGGUUGUGGCAGAGCGCGUCGAUGGUGAACGCUGUGCGAUCGAACGACUGAGCCUUGUGGACAACGGCAUCGGCACGAACGGAUUCAAGGCUCUGGCCUCCAUUCAGCGAAAUCCAGCCGUUCAGCUCCGCAUCUCCGGAAACCUGCUGAACCUGGACUGGUAG